CGGUCGCACCAAACCAACAACGGUGAGACAUGGAAGAAGAUUGGAAGGAAGGGGUGAAGAGAGGAGGAUGUGAGAGACUACAAAACGCUCUCUACGACUGUCACCGCCGCAUGCCGGCGGGUCCGGCGAGAAAUUCAGGUUGCCGCCACCUAAACCGCGCAUUUACCGACUGUCUUGUCGCCGUUAUAUGCCCGUCUGAGAUAGAAGCCGUUCGAUCUCUUUGUUCCAGCGGUGGCACCGCCAUGAAACGGUCUCAAUGCCAAGAAGCUCGUCUUUCUCUUUCUGUUUGUCUCUCCCAACAUCAAGAUCAAGAUCACCCCUAAUUUUGAGAAUCUUUUGAGCUCUUGUUUGGCGAUUGUGGAGAAAGUUUGUGAUUUUUCUCACGUUCUUGCAGGUAGCCUUCUGAAGAAAUUGAUCGGUACAGAAGGAAGCCUCACCCUGAAUCUAGGGUGCCUCAGCGUGUAGAUUCCAUAGAAGAGCAUGACCACUUUGAAAGGAGUUAUAUACAACACAAUUGCAGCUACCAAACAUAAGGUAACAAACAACGCCGUUGCUCUCGGAUCUCGCCAGCUCAGCAACGACUGAAACCUCUCCCCUUGUGUAGCCAAGUCUCCCACAACGGUCUGAAUUCUACCCGCUAUGCUCCGUACCCUAUCAUACCUCAUCCGAAUGAUGUCACUCCCCCGAGAAGUGGGAAAAGUGUCAAACUCUUCGUCCAACUCAUCAGGGUGUGCCACGUCAGCAUGUGAGAGCCGAGUGUCCAUAUGAGGCGGGUGCCUAGGCCUCCACCGGUAGUUCCAAACCCCAAUCAAGAAAAGAUAGAGAAAAACCGUGGGCAAAAUUAGUUCGGGAAAAACAAUGAGGAUUAUGAAGAGGAUGUGAAUAAGAAUAGUGGUAAUCGGGUUUUUCCAGUUGCAGAUUUGAUCGAACCAUUUACCAACCGCGAUAAUUCCACUCAGAACAUUCAUGAUUCUGAAGAAGUUUGCUUUGCUCCUUCUCAUACUCCACACAUGAGAAUCCACAUCUAACAUAUACUCCACGAUCUCUUUUCUCAAAGGAGGUUCUGCUCUACUGAGUCUCAUUGAAACAAUUUGAGUAGCCUGGUGUCUCAAGCUAUCAAGCUGUAUUACAGAUAAUGGAUGAAUGUAAUGCAUUUUGGGUAACAAAGGAUGAGAAUACAUAUGCAACAUGUUGAUCCAUGAUGAGCAGGAAAAUCGCACGGCCAAUUGAACUUCACCCAUCUUCUUUACACCUGAAGCAGGUGUAAGUAACGAGAUUUCCAUGAAGAUGGCAAUUGUCGAACACCCCGAUUGUUAUAACUGUACAAGGAUCGAAAACCUCCCAAGUGUACUGCUCGUUCCAUCUGGGGUGAAAGCUAUCAAUGAUGGUUCUUGUUCGAACCCAUUUUGAGCCAUACUUAGCCACACAGUAAGCAUCAGUUGUUCCUCUAUUAUCUUUGUUGUUGUUUUUCAUUGGCAUAAGUCCAUGAGCACUCAGAAUCCCUACUUCGAGAAUUCCAAUGCUCGGUUUCCACAUUUGCUUGGCGGUUGGCCUUAAAUCGCUGCUGUAAUGGGUAGAUUCAUCCAACACAUGGUAACCUCCAUCCAAACAGAUCCUUAGAUGGAUUCUGCUAGAAAACUUAGUUCCCUUCUUUUCAAGAUUGAACCACUGUGUGUUCACCGGUUUAUGAUCAAACCUUCUUUGAAGAAUAUGCAAAGGAAUAACACAACUUCCUAGGGUUUCCUCCUUCCCCGGUCCAACCCUAUCUUCCACACUCAAGAACAAGGGUUCCUCAAAUGGCUCGGCGGCUACAAACAACAAGUCCUCGUUCCACAUUGGGUUCAGAGUCUUAGCCUGACAUGGUUUAGUCUUAAAACCUUGAUUUCCAAGCAUUGCCUUAACAUAAACAUCUGGAAACCGGGUUAUGUUAUUGUUGGGAACCAAAUCUUGAGCUUCAAUGACAUUCACCCUCACAUACCAAAGCUUAGGCGAAAGGUAAACUUUUGACCGGAUAUUCCCAACAGCGUCCCCACCAACAGAAGCCGCAUCAGAAUGCCAAGCCUCGGGAAAUGCCUCAUCACCUUGUGUCCCCAUCCAAACAGCCAACAUAAGCUCCCCUUUCACCUUAUCCCCCUUUUGCCCCUCGAGCCUGUACCAUUGAGGUGCGAGAGGGCUAUCAGGUGGGACCCUCUUCGGCACCUCAUUCAGGUCGAAUAUAACCCUCCCUAAGAAAUCGUCCUUAACAACAUCCUUAUCCUUUACCAGAAUCUCCACUAUAGAAGCUUGAAUUCGCUCUUUUGAGAAGGCAAAAACUCGGUUCCACUCGGGUUUAGUGUUCUUCUCAAAGUGCUUAGUUGCUCCUUUGUAGUUUCCUAGCUUUACUUCUACAUAAGGGUCACAACUUCCUGUUACAUCUUUUCCGGGGAGGUCCUUUGCCUUAACUACACGGACAUAGAGAUACUGCAUUUGCUCAACAAGGUCAUAAGUCGAGGUCAGUUUCUCCCCUGCUAACCCGGUCCCGCCUAUUGCAGGAGAAGUCUCCUUCAGUGCAAAGUCCUCCAUUGCAGAAGCUGGUUUCAUCUUCAAAACUUUGAAAAUAUACUUUUAUAGUUGUAUAUGUAUACAGUUUCACAGAAUAAAAUGUGGGAUUUUUAUUUAUGGAAGAAUUGGGUUGAAAUGUGAUUCUAGUCAAAACUUUGAAAAUAUACUUUGUAUGUAUACAAUUUCGCAGAAUAAAAUGUGGGAUUUUUGUUUAUGGAAGAA